GCCAGACACACACCUCUCUCACCCCCCGGAAAGAAGUCCACGGUUCCCGAACACAAACAAUUCCAGUAUCAAACGUUAUAAACCAUGUCCUCUCCACUAUCCGACAAUUCUAACUCUUCGUGCAAACUUUCAGCGGAACUCAUUGAUGUCAAUAGCAAUGGUAGCCACUUGCCCCCUCGGAAAAGGGCUAGAACCGAAGCUGAGAAAGAGCAGCGGAGAGUAGAAAGAAUUAUCCGGAACAGAAAAGCAGCACAUGCUUCUCGUGAAAAAAAGAGAAAGCAUGUGGAGCAGUUGGAAUCCUAUGUCAAGGUGUUGGAAGCCCACUUGAACCUAUCCCUUGAAGCCAACAGAACACUACUUUCAAAAUUAGCCGCUAACAACAUUCCUUGUGACGGUGUUGAUAUCAAGAAGCUACAGGUCCCUAGACCCGAUGGAUUGUUGCUCUCAGACGAGGACGAGACAUCUGCUUCUAAUAAUAGCAACAGCACUCCCGAUGAUCACGUUGCAGAUUCCAUAAUCGCCCAACGUGAAUGUCGGAUCGGACAAAGCAGUAAAUGCGUCGAUGCAGAAGAAGUUGAUUUCAAUAACGAUCUAGAGCUCGAGGCAGAACAAGAAGAUGACGAGGCAGACAGUUCCGUCGUUGAUGAAAUGCCAGUUUUGUCCAAAUCUUCUCCUUCUUCUUCAGUCUCUGCAAGCGAAUUUUCUAAUCCUCCAACCCCUGGAAACGAUGAAAAUUUGUUCAGUCUUUAUCGUGAUCCUCGUGAUUUCAACUUGUGCAUCACAGACUCCAAUGAUUUCAUGGAUUUGAACUCUUACCUAGAGCCAGAAUUCUCAACAAGUGAUUUCAAUGAAAUCGAUCAAUCCCUAGAUUUCAAGUCAAGUAAUGAUAAUAUCGACAGUAAUGGUCAAAAUACAAUGGGUUAUCUCAGCUCGUAUAACAGUGUGCAUUCAGCAGCACCAUUAUCGACUGAGAUUAAUAACGCCCCAUUUGACCUUGACGAAUUUAUCAUGACUUGAG